UUUCAGGGGUUCUUGGUUAAACUGUCUUAUGCUUUAUUACCAAUGUGUUGCUUGGAAUUAUUUAAUUAGAGUGAGGUUAAAAAACUUAGAAGAAAAUUCAAGAAAUCUGAUAGUUAAAAUGUCAAGAAAAUUUGUUACAAAUGCCUCAUCUGAUUGAAAUCUGUCCCAAAUGCACAAUUUUGUAACCGUCAUAUAUAGAUGAGGUGGUGUGUUUUGAAUAUAGAUAAGCUAUUUUUUAUCAUCGCACUUUAAUUUCGUUUCUUUUUACUUCACUCUGUCUAUAACAGAUCUCAUGGAUAUGUGACGCGCAUGUAUGUGAAUCGGCUCGACGCUCUGCUUGUUGGGUCUGCGCAUGAGCGGGGACGCGCAGCUAGAGAGGAGUGGGACUGGGAGCAGCUGUGGCAAAUGUUCCACUAGUCCAGCAAUCUCGAGAAGAAAAGGUAAUUUACGCCACAAGAAAACACUUUUAACACACGCAUUAAGCGGAAUCGAGUGAGGAGACGCGUGUCGGACACCAGCGAUCGGCUGUGAAGCGCUUAGAAGUAGCAGAUCGGUGCGUUUUCUCAACUCACUGGCAACAAAAUAACAGCCACGAAAAGACUGACAAUAAAAGCUCACAUUCCCGCGGGCUACAAGCCACAACUGACACCACACCGAACCGGGGAGUCGAGCCAUCAGCCUCUCAUCUACUCAGGCAUUUAACCGAGUAAUUUUUCAAGAUCCCCUUUUCUUUUUGUGAAAGCCUGAAACUCAGGAAACAAUGAAGACCUAAUUCAUGUGCUAGCCGCUGAGCUGGCCCUGCGUGAGUGUGUGUGCUCCUCUCUUCUCUUGGAAACUUUCUCCAAGAUUGGAAGAAGCAGCUUUAACACACUCAUAGAAGAAGCUUAGGCUCUUCUUGAUUUUUGCAUGGAGGUGAGGGGCGAGGACAGGGGAUCGGACGGCAGCAGAGGCCCCGACUCGACCCACUUUCCUCUUUACUCCAAGCCCGCUCGAGUGAUGAUCUAUCCGAGCGCUGAAGGAGAAGAUCUCACGGGGAGAGCUGCUGCUGCUGGCUGUGAGUCCCCCUCCUCAGACGGGCCAGGCAGCAGCCGGAUGUCCCCCACUGAUGGGUCCUCGGUCUUCCCACCUUUACCGCCACCUCCACCGCCGCCGGGGUUCGGUGCGCACGGGAGUGUGGAUGAAAGUGAUCAACAGGAUGGGCCGGAGUAUGAGGAAGAAGAGGUUGUUUUCCCCCUCUCAGCGCCGCCCACCAACCAAUGGUACCAUGGAAAGUUGGACAGAACCAUUGCAGAAGAGCGAUUGCGUCAGGCUCGGACACCGGGCAGCUACCUCAUCAGGGAAAGCGACCGGCGGCCUGGCUCCUUCGUGCUGUCCUUCCUCAGUAUGACCAAUGUGGUCAAUCACUUCAGGAUCAUCGCGAUGUGUGGAGAUUACUAUAUUGGUGGACGGCGCUUCUCAUCCUUGUCAGACCUCAUUGGUUACUACAGCUAUGUGUCUUGCCUACUGAAAGGUGAAAAACUGUUGUCUCCAGUGGCUCCCCCAGAGCCAGUGGAGGACAGGAGACGAGUGAGGGCCAUACUUCCAUACACCAAAGUGCCAGAUACUGAUGAAAUCAGUUUUCUCAAAGGAGACAUGUUUAUCGUUCACAAUGAACUGGAGGAUGGCUGGAUGUGGGUUACCAAUGUUCGGACAGAAGAACAGGGCCUUAUUGUGGAUGAUCUUGUGGAGGAGGUGGGACGUGAAGAGGAUCCCCAUGAAGGGAAAAUCUGGUACCAUGGGAAGAUCAACAAACAAGAGGCGUACAACUUGCUAAUGACAGUUGGCCAAGUAUGCAGCUUUCUGGUCAGGCCGUCAGACAACACGCCGGGCGACUACUCGCUCUUCUUCCGUACCAAUGAGAAAAUCCAAAGGUUCAAGAUCAGCCCCACUCCAAACAACCAGUACAUGAUGGGAGGGCGGUACUAUAACAGUGUUGACGAUAUUAUCGAACAUUACCGAAAAGAGCAGAUUGUGGAGGGCUACACUCUGAAAGAUCCUGUCUCUGUCCAGCAACAAGAACAAGUCCUCUCCGACUUGGUCGAUGGCAACGAAAUCUAUAACACUAUUCGACGGAAAACAAAAGAUGCUUUCUACAAAAAUAUUGUCAAGAAAGGAUAUCUUCUCUUCAACAAAGGUAAGGGCAAACGCUGGAAGAACCUGUACUUUAUACUGGAGGGAAACGACGCUCAGCUCAUUUACUUUGAGAGUGAAAAGCGAGCCACCAAACCCAAAGGACUGAUCGACUUGAGCGUGUGCUCUGUGUACGGAGUACACGACAGUCUGUUUGGCAGGCCAAACUGUUUUCAGAUUGUGGUUCAGCACUUUAGUGAAGAGCAGUACAUUUUCUACUUUGCUGGGGACACACCUGAGCAGGCACAGGACUGGAUGAAAUGCCUGCAGACAUUCUGCAAUAACCUUAGGAAACCCGUACAGACCACAUCCAACAAGCGUUUGCGCCAGGUUAGCAGUUUAGUCCUUUAUGUUGAGGAGGCCCACAAACUUCCCAUCAAACACUUCACCAACCCCUACUGCAACAUCUCGCUGAACAGCGUGCAGGUGGCAAAGACUCACCCAAGAGAGGGACAGAAUCCUGUGUUCACGGAGGAGUUCAUCUUUGAUGAUCUGUCUAGCGACAUCAACAGAUUUGAAAUCAGCUUAAGCAACAAGACAAAGAAGAGCAAAGAAAGUGACAUCUUGUUCAUGCGUUGCCAGCUGAGCAAGCUGCAGAGGGGCCAGAUGAAAGAUGAGUGGUUUCCUCUUAGCUCCUAUGUGCCUCUGAAGGGAAUUGAGCCAGGCUCACUCCGCGUGAGAGCGCGCUACUCCAUGGAGAAGAUCAUGCCUGAGGAAGAGUACAGUGAAUUCAAAGAGCUCAUCCUGCAAAAAGACUUUCAUGUGAUCUAUGCACUGGCUCACGUGUGUGGGCAGGACCGCACCCUGCUGGCCAGCAUCCUACUCCGAAUCUUCAGACACGAGCGAGCUGAAGCUCCAUUGCUGAGGACGCUGAACGACAGAGAGAUUAAUAUGGAGGAUGAAGCCACAACACUCUUCCGUGCCACUACUCUAGCCAGUACUUUGAUGGAACAGUACAUGAAGGCCACAGCCACACCUUUCGUUCAUCACGCCCUCAAAGAUACCAUACUUAAGAUCAUGGAGAGCAAGCAGUCCUGUGAGCUGAACCCAUCUAAACUGGAGAAGAAUGAGGACGUUAAUCUGAAUCUAGCUCACCUGCUCAACAUCCUUUCGGAAUUGGUGGAGAAGAUAUUUAUGGCUGCUGAGAUCUUGCCUCCGACACUGAGGUACAUUUACGGCUGUCUGCAGAGGUCUGUGCAGCAGAAAUGGCCCACCAACACUACAAUGAGGACCAGGGUUGUGAGUGGUUUUGUCUUCCUGAGGCUCAUCUGCCCUGCCAUUCUCAACCCCAGAAUGUUCAAUAUCAUUGCUGACCCUCCAUCAUCUACAGCUGGUCGAACGCUCACCCUGGUGGCCAAGUCUGUGCAGAAUUUGGCCAACCUGGUGGAAUUUGGUGCCAAGGAGCCUUACAUGGAGGGAGUGAAUCCUUUCAUCAAGAACAACAAACAAAGGAUGAUCAUGUUUCUGGAUGAGCUGGGGAAUGUUCCUGAUCUCCCAGAAUCUAUCGAGCACUUUAGGACUGAUUUGUCCCGUGACUUUGCUGCCCUGCAUGAGAUCUGUGCUACACAUUCUGAUGAACUCCGCACCCUCAGCAACGAGAGAGGAGCACAGCAGCAUGUGUUGAAAAAGCUGCUGGCCAUCACUGAGCUCCUCCAGCAGAAACAGGUGCACUACGCCCUGUCCAACAGCAACAGGUAGUUCCACCUCAGUCUCUUUGUCUGUCAGUUUGUCUCCGUCUCCAUGGAGUAGCCAAUGGGACCUCUGCAUGCUCCACCCUCAUCACCAUGUCAACUCCCGCCCUCCCCAUAUCUCCCAUCACCCCUUUGACCGUGCCACGAGAACUAUGCAAAACUACAGCUGCGAAACAAAACGGCUGGACUCCGAAGUCCGAUACCAAUGACUUUUGAAAUCGUUCUCCCAGAUCAUCCGUUUGGACUGUUCACAGUAUCUUGGGUACAUAUCAAUCUAACAAACGGGUCUAGCUAAUGACCCAUAGAAUCAUGUUAUUAAAUACCAGUUGCCAAAGUGUAUCUCUUUGUCUGCUUGAUCUGAAAGUGAACUGACACAAGGCUGCAGCAAUCCUUGUCUAUAACUGGAUAAUGAGCUAUAAUGCUUUUUAUACUGUAAUUUGUUACUGAUUUACAUGGCUAUGAAUAUGCAAAAUGUGCUCAGACUAGUGUUCUUUGUCCUUUUCCCUGUUCCGUUUAGUUUGAAUUGUGCUGUAAACUGGAUUUUUUUUUUUUUUUUUUUUU